AUGGCCCUGAGGAGGUCAUCCAGAUUGAACCAAAAUGUGGAACUGAGCAAAAGUGUGAACUACGUCUUGGCUGAAAAAACGGACGACGAGGAUGACAAUUCAGGUGGUAAAGUGCGCGACAGGGGAAAGAAGAAAAAUGUGAAACGUGCUAGCGGGGGAGUGACAAGCACCGAUGGCGACAACACUACUGAGGAUAGUGACUACACAGUAAGUGAGGAUGAGAAGAAGGGGGACUCCGAAGAGGAGGGAGAGGACAGUGAGGAUCAGGGAGAUGACACAAGUGAAGAUUCCACGGGGGGUAAAAGAAGCAAAGGGAAGAAUGCUCGCAAAAGUAGGGACCAGCAAAACAGGCGCAAGAGCAUCCGUAACAACCGGGACAGUGACGAAUCGUCAUCAGUGGGCGCCAAAGGGAAGAGAAGCAAUCGCGGCAAAGGAGGCAACCCCGGAAAGCAAAACAAUCGCGGCAAAAAAGGCAAGUCGAGCAAACGGAACAAACGGGGAGGCGCCGAACAGAGUGUCGUGCCGUACGAAGAAAACGGCAACGAGAAAGGCAGCAAUUCUUCGGAUCAAAACCCCAACAAUGGGAACAAAAACGACAAGCAGAAGAAGCCAAAGGGGAAAAGCUACAUAGAAAGACUGCAGGAAGAUGCGGACGACGACGAUUUUGAUAUUUUUAAGAAGAACAGCAAAUUUGACAAAAACAAACGGAUAUCCACCAUCAACAGGGCCAGCAGCGCGCUAGACAUGAAGCCGAAGAAGAGGAAGAGCAUUUACGUGGAGUCCAGCAACGGUGAAGUUUCGAGCGAAAGCGAUUAUGAGUACACCGCUGAGAGAACGAGGCCCGCGAAAAAGCUAAAAAGUAACAGUAACAUUGGUGGCAAUAAUAGUGGCGGCAAAAAUGAUGGCAAACCGAACGACAAGGGGCAAAGUGGGCUAAACGACGUGAACGCGAAUGCCCACAAAAACUUUGACGACUUUAAUAUGUACGAAAAAAUUAAAAAAGGGCCCAAAAAUCUGCACGAAAUUAUCGAAGAAAUUUAUUACUACCUGUUUAAUAGGGAAAACAACGAAAUGGUUAAGGUGUCCACUUUUUUUUUAAAUUUCCUGGCUGAGUGUUCAGGCAAUGAAACGCUCACGUGGACGAUUGACAUAAUUGAUUAUAUAGACAAGCAAGUGUACCUCUACGAAGAAAUUGCAAAUAAUAACCAAAUUUCCCACCCGUCGAUUGGUUCGAACAGGCCUGGAGCGGCUCCCACCUCCAUAACGGAAAUUAUCACCCCCUCGACGGCGCAGUCAGGGAGCAAAAUCACCAACCUAGAUGAAAUUAUAAAAGACGAAAGUAACUUUGAAAAGAUAUGCACAUUCAAGUGUAAAAAAUUGGAACAGUAUUUAUCCCCCGACUUGGACAACGACGUUUUGAUAAAAAAGAAAAAUGAAAAUAAUAAAUCGUAUAAGUCCUUUACAAGUUUCUUCUCCGAUUUUGCUUACCAUUUUGAUGAGAAUUACAUCCACGAGGUGUUGUACGUGUGCAUAUGGAUUUUCUCCCUCAGCAUAAGCAAGUACAGGAAGAUACGCUUUACCGCUUCUUUGGCUAGUCACUCCAUAUUACUAGGAUUAUGCAAGAAGAUUAACUAUAUUAAUAAUCAUGAGAAGCAGGCGGGGAAGCAGCUGCUCGCGGAGUACGCCCGGGAGAGGGAAAAUACCAAUAAGGGGAGCGGCAACCGGAGGGGCAGCGCCACCGGUAGGAACAGCAAAAACGGUGCCCAUACCUCAAACACGGGGAAUGAGAAAUGGAACAACGCUGACAUCGAAGAACUAAUUCAGUACGCCAAAAAGAAGGACAACGAAAAUAUACGAACCAUCGUGGAAAGAAAUUUAAUCAUCAGCCAGCUCAUCGAUAACAUAAACGAGGAUAGAAAAAAUCUAACCAUCUUGAACAACUUCCUGCUCUGCACUUAUAACAUAAUAUAUAGGAACAAGAUAAAAGACGUGUUUGCAGAUAUUAGGGCAAUAACCCUAGAGUUCUUCCUCCACUAUGUACAGGUACUAAGCAGUUACUUCACCAACAGGAAAUACACCAAACUGCUCAUUUGGAUUUUAUACGAUAAAGAUAGUAAAGUUAAGACGUACGCUCUGGACAUUUUAAUAUAUCUGUGCACUUUGUAUCACACGAAUGGGAACUUUAAAAUUGUGGAACUGCUCUACAUGUGUAAGAAAAAAUUGCUGAAUUUUAUUUUCGAUGAUGAUUACAACGUUCGAGUGAAAACGUUCGAGUUGAUUCUCCAGAUGAGCAAAAUGAAAAUUAGGAAAGCCGACUUUAUAGCGUUUAAGAGAAGCGCCAAGAAGAACCCCAUCGUGCCUUCCAACAAGAGAGAUGAAACGACGUCCGAUGUGUCUUCCCAGUAUGAAAGUGGCGAGUAUGAGGAAAAAGAUACGUUCUCCGAUGUGGAGGUGCUUGCAAAUGAUCAUCUACCCAUAGCGCUGCAUAACACCCAGAGGAGGAAAAACCAAACAGCAAGCGACGUGGUUAACAUUCUCUCUAAGAAAGAAAAGAAAAUUGUAAGCAACUUAAUCUGGUUUAACAAUAAUAGCAAAAUAUCGAAGAUGAUAACAUCCCUCAUUUACGAGUCUCAAAUAAAAAACAAAAUAAAAAAAUGCGAUCGGAAGAGGAACAACUAUUUUGACGUAGAACAGAAUGACGCCAACUGCGAAAUUGUAAAAUAUAACCUCCUCUUUUUGACCAAGUACCUGAAUAGAAAUAUCCCGACUGUUAAAAAUUUCGUGCACUAUUUUGAUUACCUGGCCAACUACAAUGAGAAUAUGAAAUUGUACACUGUGAUUGACAGGUUCGUCAGCGGGAUUAGGGAAAUGCUAGAUGCCGUGAACUGCAUCGAUGUUAUGAUUGAACUGCUGUGCAAGGAUGACAUUGCAAAGGAGACCCACUGGGGAGGAGCCGUCCAAUCGGUUAGGGAUAAGAACGACGUGGAAGGAGGUGGCAGUGGGGGGUGCAACGUGGAGGAGUACGCCGCGAAGAGGCAGCAAAGUGGGAAGACAGCCAAAAAGGGGAGCAACAAGGGGAAGGAAAGGUCCAAAAAGAGCGGCAGAAGCGGAGGCCAAAGUGACGACCAAAGUGACGACCAAAGUGAAGGCGGAAGUGACGACCAAAAUGACGACCAACGCAGCAGCGGGGCGGAAAACGAACUCGAGGGGGAGGCGGGGAAAGCCAGCGCGGAGCGAGACCUGAGGAAGUGCCUCCUGUACAUCUGCGAGUCGUCGUACAGGAAUUUCCAAAACGACAUAAACGAACUGGAGAGGAACAAAAAUAGGAAGACGCCCCCUCAAGUGAGCGGCGCGAACGCAGCAGAAAGGAACAGCAUGCACAACGCGAAGCUAAAUAACGAGACGGGGAAAAUUAAAAAGAUGAUCAUCUACACAUUCGGGAUAAUCAAACACAGUAAGCUCCUAAUAAAGCUACACCAAACGAAUCAGGAACAUUUGUUGCUAGUUUUUAAAAUUUUGAAGGUGGCAAUACAAGAGUGCAAACACAUAUAUCGAAAUGGAGAAAAAAAUAACGUUUACAAUUUCGCUUCCACGAUAAUGGAAUACUUUAAAAACGACAUUGACAGCAACAUCAAUUUUUUCUUUAACAACGUUUUUGUACAUUUAAAGGAGACCUACGAGUAUCUAUACUACUUAAUAAAAAAUCUGAAGCUGCCAUAUUACUCUGCUAAAUGUACCAUGAAUAUGAUUUCCCUCUUUCUCUCCCUGAACGAUUUCCUCAAGGGGGAGGGUCCCACCAGUGGGGGAAGUGGCAGCCAGAAGUUAUCCACCGAUAUUUUUUUCGACCUUUACUAUGCCCAUUUUAAUAACUUUUUAGACGCCUUUUUAUACUACCGAAAGAACUACAACGCAGAAAUUGAGUGCGAAGAGGAAGAGGAGGAGUACAUACAAAAUGGACGGAACAAAGUUGUCAUCGUUAGUGAAAAUUUAAUGCAAAAAGAGAGAAACGUUGUGGAAUCGAUAGAAAACGACUUAGUCUCCAAUCUUACAAAUUUGAUUCACAUGUAUACCCUCUGCUUUAGCUACAUAAACAGCGAUUUGUCCAACUAUGUGGAAAAAAAAAAUGACAUCAAGAAGAUUAACAAGAGCAUUAAGAAGGUCCUCGAGAAGGACUACUUCCAAUUUAUUGUAAAUGAGAAGUGCCAGGCGUACUUCAAGGAGAAUAUUUUCGUGAAUGAAUUUUUGGACGGCCACCUUUUGCAUUACGGUAAUGAGCACUUCUCCGAGGACUACGGCGGUGGGGAGAGCGGGAACGACGGUGGUGACGAUGACGAGGACUACGGCGGUGGGGAGGAGGGCAGCGAGGAGGAAGACAGCGAACCGCACGCUGACCAACGAGACGAGGAGCGCACCAGCCGAGCCGCCAACCGGAGGAGCAAACGGGCCAAUCGAAAAAAAGGCAAAAAUAACAAACCAAAUGCGGAAAGAAACUUGUACGACAGCUACAUGAGCAGAAGCGGCAAUGUCAACCAUCAGAAGUUAAACAACAAAGCGGCAUUUGACAAGGAGGAGCAUUUCCACCAGGGACAGAAUUUUUACAACCUGUACUACAGCUCGGAAGCCUGCAUGCAUGCAAAUGUAACCAUACAGCUGUGCUUUUACAUACUAAAGGCGAAAAUCAAUUCGGUGUACUACUAUGAAGAGGAAGACAGCACCCCAAAAACGCCCUCAUCCAGGCUGCUCCUACUCUGCAUAGACCUCAUAUACGUCAUAUAUGAAAAUUACAUCUACUACCUAUGUAGGAAGAGGUUCUUUUUCAACUACCUAUAUGGCAACUUCUUUUUGAACGACUCCGCGGUUGGAGCGGACGUAGGGGGGGGUAAAAACGUAAAAAAGGAAAUGAGCGAAAAGAAUAACCCAAGUGGGACCAACGGGGCUAAUGAAAAAGAACAAAAUGCGGAAGAAAAAGAAUCGAAAGGGGAGAACAAAAAUGAUACCCCUAGCAGCAACAUCAAUAUGGACGAUUUAAAAAAAUUGCUUACCCUUAGUGGAAAAAAAAAAAAUAUUUUAAAAAACGUAUUCGUGGAACUGAAUUAUAUAUACAACAAUUUGCUAACCCUGAGAGACGACUUGAAUGACGUGUUGGUGCACCUCAUCAAGGCGUCGAACAACACGAUUCUGAAGUAUGGCGCCUUCUUAAACCUGAUGAACGUCGCGCAGCUGGAGAAUGUGCUGCUCUACUCUGUGGAGGACAUGCGGAGGUACAAAACGUUGGAAAUAUUCAUAAAUGCGUGUUGCGGGGGGGAAGACCAGGUAGAUAGCAGCGGUCUGGCCAACCUGCAGCAGCUGCUAACAUUGCAUGGGAGCGGCAACCCGACGAAGCAGAUGGAUGAGCUGGCGCAAGGCUACCUGGAUGGUGACGAACAAAUUAGCAAAUACAAAAGCGUGGCGAGGUACGUCUAUAGGGAAGACAACGUGCUGUUCAAUUUCGUAACGGAGCUCUUCAAAAAUGUGGAAAAUAUAAACAACGAUAAUUACAACUUUGUCAAUUCGUUCUUAUCAAUCGACAUCGGUGUGUUCUUCCCCAUCAACACAUACACGUACAUUGCGGACAUGUGCAAAAUAUACAAUAAGGACGAACUGAGUACAGAUGAGAAAAUUUUAGAAAUGCAAUACACUCACAUGACGCUAAUAAUCGCUCAGUUUAUUUUACAUUGCAAUAAUAUAAAUAUAUUUAACAGCUGUCUUGGAGUCCUUUUGUUAAUCCAUUUGAAUGUAAAAAAUAGAGGACUCUCCUCCAUCGCGUUAAGUUUUCAUAACAAAUUGAAGAAAUACAGCAUUGACAUUUUCUAUGAAGUAUUGCUAUGCGCAUUGAUAGGGCUCUACACUGCAUAUAUCAACAACGCGUUGGAAGAAAAGGACCUCCUGCUCUUUAGUACCUCUAUAGCUAGCCGCUUAGGAGUUAAAAUUGUGGAGAGGCAGAAACUUCCCCUCUGCAAGUUUAUCCACUCAUGUGUUAGCUGUGCUCUGAACUUAAAGAAUCAAAAUUCGUUUCUUAAAUAUAUUUUUCCGUAUGCCCAGAAGUUAACUCUGUCUGAUUAUCAAAUUGGCUACCUGAAGAAGCAAAUCCUGAACCUUAUAGAAUCGUACAACACAGCUAACAAUACGCAGAUAAAAUUUGAAAGCAGCAUAUUCGAGCAUAUGUUUCUGAUCAUCUGCAAGAAAAGGAAGCUCAACGAGGAAUUUAAAGACUCCAAUUAUGAAAACUCGUAUAUGAAUCUUAACGAAAGCAUCCAUAUGAAUAUAAGCAAGAAUAUUGCCAAACGGGUUAGUAGGCAAUCUAAUGCACCCUCUAUAAAAACGAGGAGGAGCUCCCAGGAGGUGAACCUCCACCUUAAUAAGAGGGGGACGCAAAAUGGGAACAACUCCGAUGGAAGUCACAGCGAUACGGACUCUCAUUCCGAUUCAAACGCAUCCAGAGAGGGUGUAACGAAAGGUCCGGAAAAGAUUCUCCAGAAUGAUGUAAAUGGAGAAGGAGAUGAAAAUGGGCAGGCUUCUAAAAUUAAGGAGGAACUCAUCGAUCGGGGGGACGAUCCUCCAGAACUCCCCAAGGGUAGGAACAAAGACGGAGGAAGGGCGCCAAACCUGGAGAGCACUGCGCCGCGCGGCCAUAAGGCGGACGACUCGGAUUAUGAGAAGACGCCGUCCAACUCAACGCUCAGCAACUUUAUCAGCCAAAAUGAAGACGAGGACAACGUGUGCUUCAUCCGGGAGGACAACCGCGCCGUCAGCGGCGUCGUCAACCGCGUCAACAAGGGAGCCCUCCGCAAUGAUGAGCAGUACAUAUACGAAAUAAAUUCUAGCCCCAAACCGAUAAGGACCAAAAACGUGACCAAGCUCAAGCUAAUAAGCAACGAUGGUUUGGGAGGUAACAUAAAUAAUAACCGCGCUGACCACUCUCCAAAUGGAACUCCAAAACACUCGGAUGACCGCUCCCUCAACAGCUCCCUAAACAAUGUCAGCGAUAAGGACAAUGAUGACGUGUCUAUCAUAUCUGAGAAGAAGGAAAAGUUGAAUUAUCUACAAGAAAACGAUGACGAUUCCAAUUCGGAUGUGAUACCAGGCAUAUCUCCGAUGAAGGCUCGCAACAAAAAUAAAAGUGAAUUGUCCACCCCCAUUUCGUACGCCGACGAUUUGAUGAACUUUUGA